AAGAUGAAGGGAUUAAGAGAAAUGUCUUAUAUCAAAUAUAAGUAGGAUGAUUAAAAUAGAGGAAAAUGUCAGAUGUUUAUGUAAUUGUAAAAUACCUCUAAACUUGAAAAAAAAAAUAUUCAGUUAGAUCUAUUAUAAUAUGUAGAACUGAAUGUUAGACUAUGAUUCGAACACAUGCAAAUAAGAUAAACAAAACAAAAACAAAAAAACAAUCUCUAGCUGUUGUACUUGAGAUGUCAAAGAGUUCACACAUUCCAGUUCUUGGAAUCUCUGUCUCCAUGAUCAUGCUCACCUCUUUCUUGUCUUCCAUCCUUACUUUAAUCAAAAACCCUACACCUACCCUCAUUCAAAGCUUCUUGCCACAGUUGAUCACAAGCCUCCUUCAUCUCCCAAUCAUUUGUCAUUCCAUCAUUAUCCAAUCAGCAACAAAGUCAAUGGCCGACAGGAACAAGUUCUUAAAUGGGUAAACUGCACCUCACUGAAGCAUGCCUUUCACCUGUUUGUAUAAAUGCCUGAGCCACAUUCCCUCUAAGCAAAUACUUUAGAGAGGUGCCUAAAAUAAUGGCACAUUCUUCUGAGCAAGAUUAUCGCCAUGAUACAGGCUUUAGGGUCCCAUUUGUGCCAUGGUCUCCACAGUUUGGCUAUGAUGGCUUUGAUUAUCUGAGUGAAUCAGCCAUGGAUUGCUUUAUGGAGGGAUGCCAAACUCCAGAGCCAGCAAUUUCUUCCACCUCUGCAUUUGAGGAUUUGGCUCAUUUCAUUUGUGACGAUGCCAUUAGCAAUGAGAUUGUUUCUGCUCCUCUUCAUGAUCAAAUGCUUAAGACCAAGAGAUCCAACAAGGCUCGAGUUUUGUCGAAUGUGAAAAAGAGUGGAACUUCAAAGAGAGGCCCGAAGAGGACUAGGAGCCGCGUCGAGGAAGGCUGCAACGACAAUGGCAACACUUACUUUCUCAAUUCUUGCAGCUGCAUCUCAGAGGAUCAAGAAGAACCAUCAACUAAUCCCCAGAGUCUAUAUGCAAAGAAAAGGAGGGAAAGAAUCAAUGAGAGACUGAGAAUUUUACAGAACCUGGUUCCUAAUGGAACUAAAGUUGACAUUAGCACAAUGCUGGAGGAAGCUGUCCACUAUGUGAAGUUUUUACAGCUACAAAUAAAACUCUUGAGCUCAGAUGAACUGUGGAUGUAUGCUCCAAUAGCUUUUAAUGGGGUCAACAUAGGCCUUGAUCUAAAGAUUUCUCCACUGCAGAAACAAUGAUGGGAGACUCCAUGAAUGUAAUGAGAUCAUAUGUAAAC